CUUCACUGAAUGGUGCUCACAUACAGGUGGAGAUUGAAUGUUGGUAUUUUCUCUGAUCCAUUUCGCUUAAAGAGACGAGUUUGUUGCUAGCCCGGUCUCUAGCGGAGAACCAUCUUCGUAAGUCGAAUCUGAGUCUCACUCUUGCUGUCAAUGUCAACAGAGACUUUCCGCCAGCUCUGCUACGCUUGAAUGUUUCAGAUUCAAAUGGCCCCUCAGUUGCCAGAUUUCACAUACUUUCCAUAUGGGGUCGAUGGCCUCGCUAAGCGAAGGACGAUAAAAUCGCCAGUGGUUAUAAAGUGGGGGUCUCUGGCCGAAACUUAGGUAAGCUAAUGUAUCGCCCGACGUAAAACAGCCCCUCGAUAUUUGCAGUCCUCGGGACAAAAGGGCUUGGGAACCAAACACCGAAAAAAGAGGCGCACAUUACUCUAUUCUUCAAAGCUUCAACAGAGAAGCACCUGUUCAAGGACUUCCCACCCAGAGUUGAGCCGAAUCACCUGAACCCGGGAGAGCCGAGCCGUGAUGAAUUCACCAGUAUCAGCUUCUAUGCCCAUCAAUAGCAAACGAAGGCGAGGAAGAGGACGACGACCAGUCCUGUGAGGCUCGUCAGAAGCAUGAGCAGGGAAGCCAAAGGAAAUAUGUCUAUUUCAGCUCCAGACUUCAACAGCUCCGAUAUCAGCCAUCCACACCUCCCACUCUCAGGGAUUCUCCAGAAGUGCGAUAAACCAGGGGUGUUUUGCCUAUGGCAACAAAUCAGCCGGCCGGAGGCAACAGCAAUGCCUCCAAUGUCCCGGUCAAUGGGUGGACAAGGCGAGACAGACCAUGUGAUGCCUGUCGAAGACGCAAGAGUCGAUGCAUUAUACCGCAGGAUACGGAGACAUGUAUCAUGUGUCAGUCGAGGUCCGAGCAGUGCACUUUUAUACAGAAUCCUCAGAGGAGGAAGAGGAGGAGGGCAGAAGAUGAAGGCAGCCCUGAUGCACCCAAAGCAAGAUCUCCCGAUGCAGAUAAAAGUAUUCAAGCCAAACCACCGAUCAUCGACUACACCUCACUCCCUGGGCCAUCACUUCUCAAACAGACUCUUGGCCUGCAAAAUCGUCAGCAUGGACAGUACCUGGGACAAACAUCGGAAUACGAUGUUCGUCUUAUCAAUCUCUCGCCGUUCAAUGGACGAGGAGAACACGUCAGUAUGCCUGGGACGCUGAGAAGGGUCAGCCCCAAUGUGCAUUUCAUCAUGAAGACAGAAAGUCAAGCCGAGGUCGACGACGAAAUAGCAAACAUGGAUUUAGUGGAAAACAUUGUUCAACCACAUGGUCGUGCUCUAGUAGACCUCUACUUCAGGAUCAUCCACCCAAGCUUUCCGAUAUUCGACAAGAAAGUGUUCCUGGAGAAGUAUGGCCGGACACAUCGAGAAUUUACCCCGCCUGUUUUGGCUGCUGUGUACAUUAUGGCUUUGAAUUGGUGGUCAUACACACCUGAGUUAGUCAAUCUUCCCAAACCAGAUGUUCAGAAGCUCGAGCAACUGGUCCCCACCAUGAUGGGUGUUCUCCUGAACAGACCCAAAUUAUCAACCGUACAGGCUGGACUGCUACUCCUACAAAGACCAGAUGGAGACUCCUGGGCGUUGACGGCAGAACUUGUUGCAGUAGCACAGAAUCUUGGACUACAUCUGGACUGCUCGAAAUGGAAGAUUCCGGAGUGGGAGCGAAGCUUGAGAAAGCGGCUUGCCUGGGGGCUGUUCAUGCAAGACAAAUGGGGAUCACUUACACACGGUCGGCCAUCCUUGAUACAUGCGGAAGACUGGUCUGUGAGGCCAGUAGAAACAAGAGACUUUCCUGAGACGGCCGAAGAUGACGAUGAGGAAGAAGGCAGCUCUGAUAUUGAGACCGGCCGGCUGACAUACAUCCAUAUGAUAUCUCUGACGGAGAUUCUCACUAAUAUUUUGAACACAUUCUUCACGGUCAGGGCUAUGGCGAAUCUGAAUAGUGAUAGUGAAAACGCCAUGAAGAAGACACUGGAACUGGCAAAACCAAUUCAACUUCAGCUCAAGGACUGGCAUGCGAAGCUGCCGAAGAGUUUGGCGAUCGGAGAAACUAGGGCCAGAAAACUAUCUCCUACAGGAUCACUCCAUCUUGCAUACUUUGCUGCAGAGGUGACUUUGCAUCGUGCGAUUAUCAGAUUCGACUCCACGCAUAUGGAUGAACAACUUCGACACAUCACCCGUAAUGCUGCCAAGGCUCGGUUCACCUCGGCAAUUGAAUUCGUAGCCAAGCUUGAGCCAGCACAUCUACAAAGUUUCUGGUACUUCGCAUCCAAGGUAAACCUUGCCAUCAUCGGCACUUUUGGGAGUCUUCUCUGGGCGACUAGCGACAACCCGGAAGAGGCCGACUUUUACAAAUCGCAACUUGCCGAAUAUCGUUGGACACUUAGAGUGAGCAGCAAGGCGGCCGAGUUUAUGAAGUUCACUGUAGGAAUGUUGGACUCGAGUCCAGUAUUUAUAAAAGAUGGAAAUUCAAAAACAACUACACCAAACAUGCCGAAAGAACCUCCUCCACAGGAACAGGCACCUGAACCGACACAGCACGAUCAGUACAAGCAAGAACAAGAGCAAAUGAGCUACGGCGCCAACGAGGCUUCUCCUAGUGUUGCCGCAUCGACCGAGAAUGCAUUCCAGUACGACCAGGAUAUUGCCGGUGCCGCAAUGGCCACGACAGAUCCUCGUCCGUCUUGGUCAGGCCUCGCCAGCAACGUCAACUUCAACACUGGGGACAUUCAAGACUGGUCACUGGACCAACUCUACAACUUCGAGAACUUCCAGGUUGCAGAAGAAAUUUUCGCGAGUCGAAGAUUCAUUGAGGAGUAUGACGAGACGGGGAAUAAAUUUGCUGGCUUCUAGGUGAAAGUCUCGUGUCAGGCACUUCAGUGGGAAAUAAGCCAGCUGCCUCAGCGUCACCCAUCUCCUGCAACGCCGCCUGGGACAGGCGUCAGGAUGCAGGAUCCAGGAGUAUGCCCUCCAUCGUCAAAGAUGAUGAUUUCUGCGCUUCAUCCUCCCCAUCCGAAAUCGCAAUCGUCAUAUUAACCUUCGCGAUCCAAUCCAGCAUAAAUCGGCUUCCAAGGAACGACAUAAGCGCCAUUAUCGCGUUGGAAUUUUUUUCGUCGCGACCUUGCUGUGUUAAGCAUGAUGAUUAAGCUGUUGUUCCAAGAUGUGGAUGUCGCGUCAAGACCGUCGAUGGCGUUGAUUGGCAUGACGGAACUAGCGAAGAUGUGGAGGGGUAGGCAGAGGAUGUCGGUGGGUUUUUGUGAUGAAUAAAUGGUGAUUUGGGAAAUUGGACCUCGGGGUGUGGUGUAGUAUGGCGUGAAGAUCCAUCUAUGAUACUCUGAAGUAAAUAAAUCUAGAGUGAUGUGAUGUCGAGAUGUGGUUGACAUCUGAGGAGCAAGACUCCAAAUAUACUCCUACAUACAUGACCACGAUUAUUCUACCCGACCGAUUACGUAUUUCCAUGUUAAAACAUGAAACGCCAGUUCUGACCAUAGUUGUUAGUACUUAUCACUGAAAAUUUCUUCAAGAAC